GUUAUGGUGCUGUUACAGAGAAAAAAAAUGUUAUUUGUUUACGUUACGUUUAGUUCUAUUAAACAAAUGCAGCAAUAGCAUGGGAAAUUCUAUAGCUUAUUUAAGCGGUGAUGAUGAUAUUCUUGAAGUACCCGAUGUAUAUGGCUACAAUGUCAUCGAUUUCACUGUGAAUGAAAUGGAUUUGCAGGUGCAUCCACAAGAUUAUCAUCGAAACAAUUUGCCUGUGAUUCGUGGGAAACCCAACCUGAAUAGAUUUCAAAAUACAGAGAUGUAUAAGCAGAUAAUGUCACGUUGCACCUUGGAUUGGAAGCCAACAGAACGUCGCUGGAAUUUAAUGCAGGCGCUGCAGAAGCGAGAAAAUGGUCUGGCCGCACCUAGCACUGACUCCUUCUCAUGCAGUCAACAGCGUUACUUUGCCAAUAUGUAUAUACCAAAUCAAAAGUCUACGCGUAUCUUGUCGUUAGAUGCCAAGGUUUUUGUGACCAAGUUCAACAAAAGUGGCGACAAGCUUAUAACAGCGUGCCAAGAUGGCUUCGUGCGCAUCUACGAUGGGUCGAAGGGCACAUAUCAUCUGCUAAAUCGAAUACAUGCACGUGAUGUACAGUGGUGCAUCACGGAUGCAGACUUUAGUCCUGAUGGCCAGCAUUUUGCAUACUCCACAUGGUCGCGCUCAUUCUUUGUCAUGCCAUUGGACAGCCACGAUGGCGAUUGUCAGUGGAUUGUGCAUGAGACGUCCAACAACCGUGUGGCGGUGUUCUCCUUGCGCUAUUCGCCUACAGGUGAUAAGAUUAUUGGCGGCAGCAGCAAUGCCACUGUCAUUGUGGGCGAUGUACGGACACGAGCCACGCAAAUGUUACGCACACAUCGCACGCCUAAUAUAGAUGUGAAUGCAGUUAGUUAUGUUUCGGAUAACGACCCAAAUUUAAUAAUCGCUGGCUGUGAUGAUGGCCUGCUUAAGGUUUAUGAUCUUCGCACUGCCUUUCGCGGACGCACAGUGGCCAAGUCGGUCAUACAAUUCGUUGGUCACUACGAUGGCAUUACAUAUAUUGAUUCACGCAAUGAUGGCUGUCAUGUGCUGACCAAUUCCAAGGACCAAAGCAUUAAAAUCUGGGAUUUGCGCCAACCAAGCAAUACGCGUAAUCGCAACGCUAUACGCCAGCAUCAAAGCACCAUGAACCGCUGGGACUAUCGCUGGGAUCGUGUGCCCCGACAAUUUUACAAUCCACACAGAGCAUUGGAAGGCGACAGCAGUAUUAUGACUUACCGCGGACAUCGCGUUACCAAAACAUUGUUACGCGCCAAAUUCUCGCCGCUGGAGCAGACAGGGCAGCGUUUUAUUUACACGGGCUGCGGCACUGGACGUAUUAUAAUCUAUGACGUGCUGACGGGACACAUACGUGAGGCUAUUGAGGGACAUAAAACUGUCGUACGCGAUCUGGACUGGCAUCCAGUGCGCUCAGAAAUUAUAUCUAGUUCGUGGGACACUCAUGUGCAUUUGAACAGCUACAAGCGCAACACCGCCAUACAGCCGACGUGCAGACGUCGCCGCAGUUCUGUAGGGCGAGAUAACAGACCACUGCGUCGCUCUCGUCGCAUUGCCAAUCGGGCUUGCGGCGGUGCGAAUCGCACUAGUAGACCGUACUAGAUUUAAGCAAUACCUGA